AUGUCUACAAUAAAUGCAACUUCGAACGUUCUUAUUGGCCAUCCAACAUUUAGUCGAUCGAUUGAAUCACAUAGCAGUGCUCAUUCAGGUGACACAAACUAUCAUAGCUGGCGUCGUGGUGGAACGAUUGGUAGCGAAGAUGUGGCAACACAGACCGAAGAUGUAGCAAAUACCGGUGCGGCGACCUCCAUCGGGGGAGGGAGCAUAUCAGGUAGCGGAAGAGUUCUAGUAGGUGAAUUAAAACGGCGCCGAGAUGAUACAAUUGUUGAUAUCAGCUUGGAAUCGAUGAAAUAUAAUGGAGCUAUACCAUUUCGUCAAUUACAACGACCUGAUCGUUUGCCUCGACAAGGAUCUCGUCAAAGUGAAUGUGACGGUUCAUUGCUCGGCGAUUUUAUGGCAAAUACAUCCCAAUCAAAUACGCCCGCAUGUUUACAUCUCAAUGUAGACAGAAAAACACCGAUGACAUCAACAGCGAACACACCAAAUCCAAAUGAUUUGUCGUCGAUUGCAGUAACCAGUCCGUUAACACAACCAAAUGAAACAAAGCAUGUUGAACGUACAACACGAAAAGAAUGCUAUCGAUUAGGACGACGAAAACUACUCUUUGAAAAGCGUCGUAAAGCUUCAGAUUACGCAUUGCUUUUUGCUAUGAUCGGACUUUGCCUGAUGGUGCUGGAACAAGAAUUAACAAUGGCUAAAGUCUAUGACAAGAAGCAUUGGUGCUCGUUAUUAGUCAAAUCCUGUGUCAGUCUAUCUACAAUGAUCUUAGUAACGAUGAUUGUUCUCUAUCACACGUUGGAAGUUAAACUGUUUAUGAUUGAUAAUUGCUUGGAUGAUUGGCGAAUAGCUCUUACUUGGCAACGUUUGUUUCAAAUAGCUGCUGAAGUGAUAAUUUGUGCUAUUCAUCCUAUUCCCGGAGAUUUUCAAUUCCAAUGGACUACUCAUAUGUCCAACAAAGCAGAUUAUCAUUCACAUCUGAAAACAACUGUUGUUUACGUUGACAUUCUACUUUCAUUACCAAUGUUCUUUCGACUAUACCUAAUAUGUCGUGUGAUGCUUCUACAUAGCAAACUAUUCACAGAUGCUUCAUCGCGGAGUAUUGGGGCUUUUAAUCGAAUUAAAUUUAAUACAACAUUCGUAUUGAAAACGUUGAUGACAAUAUGUCCGGGAACAGUUCUAUUAGUGUUUAUUCUAUCAUUAUUCAUCAUUGCAAGUUGGACACUGAGAGCAUGUGAAAGCAAUCACGAUCCGAAACAUCAUGGAAAUCUUCUCAAUUCCAUGUGGUUAGUAGCGAUUACAUUCUUAGCCAUUGGCUAUGGAGAUCUAGUUCCGAAUACUUAUUGUGGCCGAGCAAUUUGCGUUGCAUCAGGUGUAAUGGGUGUUUGUUGUACAGCUACGAUGGUUGCCGUACUUGCGCGUAAAUUGGAAUUAACACGUGCGGAAAAACAUGUUCACAAUUUCAUGAUGGAUACACAAUUAACUAAACGAUUGAAAAAUGCAGCAGCAAAUGUUCUGCGGGAAACAUGGUUGAUUUAUAAAUAUACUAAAUUAGUCAAAAGUAUAAAUACAUCAAAAGUACGAACGCAUCAGCGGAAAUUUUUGCAUGCUAUUCAUAGUUUGAGAAAAGUUAAAUUGGAUCAAAGAAAAUUAACCGAUAACAUCAGUGCUGUGUCCAGUAUUACACGUUUACAAUCGUCGGUGUAUGAUGUUGUUUCACAGAUGGUCACGAAUCAGACUGAAUUGGAAGUACGAUUUCAAAAUCUGGAUUCGCGUGUGUCGAAUUUACAAUCCCAAGUGGAAAAUCUACCUCAAAUGAUCGCGUCAGCAGUCAAUGAACAAAAUAAUCUCUUGUGGCAACGUUUAGAAUCGCAUGUUCAACGACAAUUGGUGACCAAUCAACAACCAUUACCAAUUAUAUCCGUGACUUGCCCUCAACGACAAAAUACUGUGUGA